AUGUACGCGUUCGACGGCAUCCAUGCCGAAGAGGAUGCACAGACGGCGGCACAAAAAGCUGAAGCUGCAGUGGAGCGUGCGCAAGAAGAUGCUAACCUUUUGCAGGAUGCCUUGGGGAAACUUGACAAAGCACUUACUGCUGCUAAGGAGAGAGUUAAACAAAUACCUCCACAAGAAAACCAAGGAUCAUCAAUUACCACAGAGGAUCAGAGUGCCCCUAGCGACUCUACUUAUACCCAGCAAUCACCUCCUGCAAAUACGACUGCUAUAACAGGCUCAAAAGAAACAAAUACUACUGCUCCGCCGAGCACUGAGAACACUACCACAGAAGCACCAACCACCACUCCAUCACCUGCACCUGUACCCAACACACAGAUCAACAACACCAUCACUUCCACACUGCAGAACAAGGCUAAUGGUGACAGCAGUAUCAGUCCUGUGUGGAUGCGCACUGCUGCACCUCUACUGAUUGUGGCUGUGUUGUUCUCCGCUACCAUGUACUGA